AUGUCAGAUUUACCAAGAAGAAGACAACGUCCUGAUAGUACCAAAAUGUGGGAGGAAAGCGAAAGUCGUGGUUCUGCUCGAGACCGAGAUAAAGUACAUGAUCGAGGAGAUCGACGCGAUGAGAGAAAUCGAAAUCAUGAUCGCAGUCGCAGAGAUAGAAGCCGAUCGCCGCGCGAUUCGAGAGAUCAUAGACGCAGUUCGUACAGAGAUCGAGAGAGAGAACGAGACCGCGGUGGAAGGAGAGAUGAAUAUCGAGAUGGGCGCGGGAGUGACAGGAAUAGAGAUUAUCGGGAAAGAAAUGAUGAGCGGUCGGAUAAGAGAGAUGGUCAUCGAAGAGAUGUGCCGGAUAGGACUAGAGAUGAGACUCGACAUUCUCGAGGAAUUGAUGAGGAGAGAAGUGGGAGAAAAGACAAUGAGCGAUCAUCAGGAGAGAAACCAAAUGAGCGAACUAGAUCUAGGAGUCUGCGGCGCGAUGAUGAGCGAGAUUAUAAAGAGGAUAGAGGUAGUGAGAAGAUACGGAAUAGCGAAUAUAUAGACGAUGCUCCACAACCAGUAAGCUUCAGUAUUGGGGCUAGUCAUACAAAUGCAGCUACAGCUCCAGAUCACGAUCGGAUGGAUGUUGACGGCGGGAACAAGAAGGCGUCACGACAUAAGAAGAAGAUUGAGGAGGAGGAAGAGGAAGAAGAGGACGAUGAUAUCGUGAUUGAGGAUGAUGGAAUGGCAGCCAUGCAGGCAAUGAUGGGAUUUGGAGGAUUCGCAACCACACAAAAUAAACAGGUAGCAGGAAAUAAUGUGAGUGCGGUGAGGAAGGAAAAGAAGACACAGUAUCGUCAAUACAUGAAUCGGGUUGGAGGAUUUAAUCGACCGCUGAGUCCGAGUAGGGAUUAA